UCAGGAAUUGUCUACUUAAUUUCAUAAUGAAAAUGUCCCUUAGUUAUAAUUAUCCUUAAGCGGUUUUCUCCUGACAAAAUGGUUAAAAAUUCAUGAAGAAGCAGUAUCCCACCUGUUGCUUGUGGCUGGGAGUCUGUUUGCUUAGUUUAUCUCACAGUACAUUAUCAGUAUAAAUAAGCUUUUUGUGGAGUAUAAUUCAGGGCAACGCUGCAUUAAUCCAAGGAUCCGGUUUGCUGAAGAGAAAAUGAAAUGAUUUUACUGCUAUGUGUAGUUAAACUGCAGGCCACAAACGUGAUUAAAUCUAAGUUGGAUUCAGUGGAUUGACUCAUUUACAUUGGCAUGAAGAAGAUAUAGUUUUACGAACUUGACGGACGCUAGUAAAGAGCGCAGUUCUUCACAAACAACAACUCUAUGUAAGCUGGACAGAAUGUUCUUCAACUUUGGUAACUUGUAACGCCCUUACCUUUGGCUGUCAUCUAUUUUAGCGCGAAUCGGUCCGUUUAAUUUUAACACCUGUUGGAACUGAAAUACAGGUCUGUUCAGAGAUGGAUUAAUGAAAUGGGAAACACCGUGGAUUGCUGUAACUGUUUUGAUAUUCCUGGUUUGGUGAUAACCGUCAAAACUGGAGACACAAAGGGCGGAGGACUGCACAACGCAGCUUUUCUAACGAUAAUAGACGAGAAAGGAAACAGGUCGAAAGAGUUAUGCUUGCAAGGGUGUUGUGUGACAGUGUUCAAGAAAGGCCACACGGAUACAUUCAAGUUCUGUGAACCGAUUAAAAUCGGACGUUUUAGCAAGAUUGAGUUUGUCCGACGCGACGCGACAGAUCGUAGAAAUUAUGUAGAGUGGUUUAUCGAAACGAUUGAGAUUCGACGUUACAAUGGAGAAGAUUUCGAGGAUUUUAUUUUUCCAUGCCAUCGAUGGAUUAAAAACUGGCAUCCUUUAAUACUGAGGAUGUACGAUAGCGCUCUACCUCAGUUUGAUAUCGAGACUGAGCAAAGAGAAACAGAAUUAUUUUGGAAAAGAACCAUGUAUCGAUAUUACAGAAGAAGAUCUGGAAUUCCACCACAGAUCAGCUUCUGUCCAAAAGAAGAGGUUUUCAGCCACAAUCACCAGUGGGAUAUCAUUGUUAGACGAGCUAGUUUGGUCAGCAAAUACAAUCUGCCAGACUAUGGCUCUGAACCGUGGAGUUCACUUCAUGACUUUGAUGAAAUUUUUGACAGAAAGUUCGGCAAGCCAGCGGGGCGGAAUUUUUGGCGGGAUGAUGUGCAUUUUGCCAGACAGAGAUUGUGCGGCUGCAAUCCAACGUUGAUUCGUCUGUGCUCAAAGAUACCUGACAAGUUUGCAGUUACUGCUGUUAUGUUGGAGCCAUUUCUAGAAGGACAAACAAUGGACGCUGCCUUGGCAGCAAACAGGAUCUUUAUUGUUGAUUUAGAAAUCCUGAGUCGCUUAAAACUGGAUGAAAAUAAAAAGGUUGUCUCUCCAAUGGCGUUAUUCUUUUUGAGUCCAGCAAAGUCUUAUCUUGUUCCCGUCGCUAUUCAGCUUUUCCAAGAGAAAGGUGACGAAAACCCGGUGUUCCUUCCCAGCGAUCCCUGGUACACGUGGAUGUUGGCAAAGAUGUGGUUUAACAAUGCAGAUGCACAGUACCACAGAUCAUGCGUCCUGCUAGGUUACACCCAUCUCUUUUUGGAAGCAGUUGCCAUAGCAACGCAUCGCCAACUUUCUCCCUCACAUCCAGUCUUCAGAUUGCUUGCACCGUACAUACGUCACGUGAUUCCUGUUAACUGUUUUGAGGUAAACGAGCUGCUUGCGCCUGGUUCUUGGAUUGAUAGCGCGACUACUCUGGGAGCAAAAGGAACUCUGGAUCUUAUAGCCCUGGGAUGGCAAGAGUGGAGAAUGGAUCUACAUGGGACCUUGCCAGCAGACCUCGAGCAAAGAGGGGUUUCUGAUCCGUCUGUACUCCCUGACUACCCUUACAGAGAUGAUGGUCUUAUGUUAUACAGCGCCAUCAAUAAGUACGUCACAUCUAUCAUCGAGGCUCGAUAUGAUGAAGAAGAAAAGUUAAAUGAAGAUUAUGAGCUGCAGGCUUGGGGCUUAGAACUGGUUGCAGAUGGAAAUCCUGGGUGUGGAAUUAAGGGCGUUCCAGGUGAGGGCAGGUUCGCUACCACAGAACAGCUCAGCCAGGCAAUAACUUCUAUAAUAUUUGCCAGCACGGUCGGGCAUGCUGCAGUUAAUGUAUCGCAGUAUGAUGAGUAUGCAUUUCUACCAAACUAUCCCGCCAUCCUAAAGGGACAACCGCCCAGAGACAAGAAAUGGAGAGAGGAAAAGGAGAUCGUGGCGUGUCUUCCUGCUAAAAACAUAUGUUUGGACAUCAUAGUUAUCAGCAAACUACUCUCAGAGAGACAUACCAAUGGAUUAGCUGAUUUCCAUGCCAUGUACCAGCAUGAUCCAGUCGCCAAGAAAGCGAUUUCUAGAUUCUUGGAUGAUUUGAAAUGCAUUGCAUUAACCAUAUUGGACAGAAACAAGAAACGACAAGUAGUUUAUGAAUACUUGAAUCCAAGCAGAAGUUCUAAGUGAACCACAGUAUUAAAGUGAGACAAUGGAAAGGUGUUUUCUCCACGGCGGGCCGUGACAAAUUCUCGUAUUUUGAAAUGUUUUGUUGUUGGCAAUUAGUUGCCCGUAAGUGCCUCAUCAGUGCCCAGACUUUCCCUUCCUUCCUUCUUCCCUUCUGCGCGUGACGUAAUUGGUUGGGUCCUUAGACAGUCCUAAAAUGGGCUUGCAAAGGAAGGGAUAACCCUUAAAACAAGGCUAACAGAAGCAUAGAUUUUUCAGUUUUAUUAUCGUGUGGAUAGAGGCUAUGCGUAAAUGUAACUUUUUAAUGUAAAUCUCAGUGUACCAAGUUUUAUAUAUAAAACAAAUGUACAAAAAGGUUGGAUAGCAGUCGAAAACGCAUUGCAUUGUGUAUUUGACUUGCUGAUUCAUCUUUUAAAGGCUAAUGAAGGAAUGUGUACACACUUGCCUAAAGAACUGCAUUUGCAUGUGAUUUGUUUGAACUGUGAUAUCGUUAAAUACACGUGGCUCUUGAAGCUUUUGUUUGAAGUUUCGGACGGUUUAAAUUAUUGAAUCAGUGCUGGUUAAAAUAAUGGGGAAUAUAGUUUGCAACGCAAAUAUGUAUUAAUAAAUUGUUUCAGUUUUGGUAAAAAGCGAGCAAGUAAUUAAAAUUGUAAUAGGAUUUGGGAUGACAGUAAGCUUUUAAUAAUGUUAAAUAUUGAUUGUUAGUAUUGAUUAAGUGUUGAACAGCGUUAAAAAGUGUUUACUUUGGUUGAAGUUUAGAUCUUAGAAUAAACCAAACUCCGAUUUUGGUCAAUUUCUUAGUCAAUAGGACGAUUAAAUUAAUGCUGUUCACACUUUGCUUAGAACUCUUAGAAUUGAGCUGGAUAAAACAGAUGCCUACACUUUUUGUUUUUGAUUUUAAGAGAGGGGUGGUAGUCUCCUUAAUUUGAUGAUAACUAAUGCGAAUCAAAUAAGUGUUACGAAAGUAAAGCAACCUUCGCUCUGUUUUGAAAUAUCAGGGAAAUCAACUUUUCUCCCAUAGUUAGAAUGCUUCAUUUUAAAUAAAGUCAAGUUGUAAAUCAACGAAUCCAACACUCAGCUAUGUUUGUAUAAAUUAUACACACCAGAGGGACUCUCCUUGGGAAUGAAAUAAAAUUAGUCGUUCACAUCUCAAGUUAACCAAGGCCCCACCCUGCUUCCCCGUUAAAAACAACGAUGGCGGAAAGUAUCCGAAUCUGGGAACUAUUACUUCCAUGAUAAAGCACUUACUGUUGUUAGCUGAACAGAAUUUGCGAUCAAAUGGUUUUACCCUUUAUCCGCAUACUUUGAAUGCAGGGAAACCAACCAGUUCGAAGUUUCUGAGUCAAUAAGGGAAAGAGAAUACUCUUUUAUCUCAUGUGUUUAUGCGGUAGCAAAGUUUGCAUAAAAAACAGCUUUCAUUCAGUCUUACGCCCGACCUUAUUGUUUGGUUCAGGCGCUAAUCCCUUGUUUAGAAACUAAGUUCUGAAUAAAUAUAUUCCGUUCUGAAAAUU